ACCUGCAAGUUCCAGGUAUCGAAAAAAACCAACAAACCUUAUCUUGUUCCCACUUCUCUCUCUAUCCUUCGUUCUUAAUCCUGGGCAGCUCACAGUAAGUUCUAGAUUUGUUCACCGUUGGUUACUGUCCAUAAAUGAUUCAUGUUACGAUGAUGAUGACCGGUUGUUUUGCAAAAUCCGUUCUGAAAACCCUAAGAAAAACCGAACAAUUUCAGAUCAAGCCUCUUAGAAAGUUUUAUGUUAUUUCUGAUCUGAAAUCAGUAACAUUUCUGAGUUUUGAUUUUCCAUUUGCAGAAGCUUGAGUAGAAAUUGGGAUUUAUCGUGUUAUUCGAUCCGGAUUUUGAAGUUUUCGUUGGAAAAGUUUCAUUGUAGAUUAUUUAGUCUGUUCUUCGAGUCAUUCAAUUCGAAAAUACUACUGUAUUGUUCGUACUUUUAUUUCUAGGUCUACUUUUUGAGAGAAGAGAAGAGAAGAGAAGAGAAUAGAAGAUGAAGAUUCAACCUGUGGAUAUCAAUUUCAAACCAGUAGAUGAUUCAUUUCAGAAUGAAUCUGUAUCGAAGCCUGUGGUUAAAUCGCGGCUGAGGAGGCUGUUUGAGCGUCAGUUUCCGGCGAGGUAUCCGGCAGCUGAAACACAAGUUUUAGUAAAGAAUGGUUCCGGUGAGUUCGAUCCUAGCUCUGUUUGUUUAGCUAAGAUGGUACAGAAUUUCAUUGAAUAUGGAAGUGACAAGAUGGAAACACAAACCCAUAAAUGUAAAUCUAAAAGCUGCAAUCGAUUCAACAUGAACAACAACUGUAGCGAUAGCUCGGAGGAAGACAUGGAUUCAUCUUCUGAUGCAUGUCAAGUCCUGAAGUCUUUGGUCCAGUGUACAUGUGUUAGUGAAAGAAAUCUGCUGGCGGAUACUUCGAGAAUCAUCGAGAACAAGAAGAUUUACAAACGGAAAGAUGAAUAUUGCAGGAAGAUAGUUAGAGAUGAUCUUAUUGCACUUGGAUAUGAUGCUUCUAUUUGUAAAACUCGAUGGGAAAAAACACCCAUUUGUGCUGCAGGUGAAUAUGAAUAUGUAGAUGUGUUGGUAGAAGGUGAGCGGAUGAUAAUCGACAUAGACUUUGGAUCGGAGUUUGAAAUUGUUCGAUCAACAAAAACUUACAAAUCCAUCCUCCAGAAACUUCCAAACAUAUUCGUGGGGAAAUCUGACCGUCUCCAGAUGAUAAUCUCCAUUGUUUCUGAAGCUGCAAAACAGAGUCUGUCUAAGAAAGGUAUGCAUUUCCCUCCAUGGAGAAAAGCUGAAUAUGUGAAUGCUAAAUGGCUCUCUCCCUGCACUCGAACCAAACCCAACAACAUUGAUAAGAUACCCAUCAAACUCGGGAAAGAAAAUUUCAAUUCCAUGGAGACAGAAGAGGAGAAGAAAUGGGAACUGCCCAAGGUUAGAAUUCAGAAGAAGGCUUCUUUGGCUGGAGGGAAGAUGGUGACUGGUUUAACUUCUGCCAUCAACGACAAGCCCUAAAUAUCAUUUUUGUUAUAUUUGGGCUUUUACUUAAUAUUUUGAUAGACUCUAUAACACUAGUAUUUUGCAUACUGUAAGCUACUGUAAAACUUCAAGGCUCCAUUCCUUUCUGGUUUUUGUGCAAGGGAAUGUGAUCUAUCUACUACUACUGAUAUACUAUUAAAACCAUAUGAUAAUUUCAGUUUGUUUUCUUUUUGA